AUGGCAUCAAAAGUAACCAACAUAAUUAUAUCCAAAGCUCUAAAAAGUACAUAUUAUUCUAUUAUUGCUGACUGCACUCCUGACGUAUCUCACAAAGAACAACUCUCGCUUACGAUUAGAAUUGUAAAUAUAUCAGAAUAUCCUAUAAAAAUAAAUGAACACUUUCUAGGGUUUUUCAAUGUUAACGACACGACAGGUCUUGGUUUAACAGAAAUCAUAAUUGGAGCUUUAAAUGAUUUUGGACUGAAUAUAAGCUUUUGUCAAGGGCAAGGUUACGAUAACGGUGCAAAUAUUAAAAGAUUAUUCACAUUAUUCUCUGCAUCAACUUCACGCUGGAAUGUUUUACCUAGUCAUACAACAAACUUUACUCUUAAACGAUUAUGCGAGACUCGUUGGGAAGCCAAAAUUGAGAGCCUCAAAGCCAUCCGAUACCAAAUAAGCAACGUACAUGAUGCUUUAAUUACUAUAUAUGAAACUGAAACCAAAACUCCCGAUAUUGCACACGAAGCGCAAACAUUAGCAAAACACUUAAAAGACUACAGUUUUUUAGUUUCUUUAAUUGCAUGGUACAAUGUACUAUUCCAAAUAAAUGUUGUUAGUAAAGCAAUGCAAGCCAAAGACAUGGAUCUAGUACAGUGCGCUGAAAUGUUGAAAAAAUGCAUCACAUUUUUGGAAAAUUACAGAACGUUUGGCUUUAAACAAGCAACGGUUGAUGCCAAAGAGUUAGCUGAAGAGUUGAACAUCGAUGCAAUAUUUAAGCCGCUUAAAAGAGUGCGACGAGUGAAAUGUCAUUAUGAUGAAAAUGCUUUUGACGAACCAAUUCAAAAUCCCGAGAAGAAACUUGAAGUGACAUUUUUUAACCCUUUAUUAGAUACAUGUCUGUCGUUAAUAAAUGAAAGAUUUGAACAACUUAACGAAUAUGUAAAUAUAUGGAGUUUUUUAUUUAAUUUGGAUAAUUUGCCCAUCAAGAAUGAACAUUUAAAAUUGUGUAAACAAUUACAAGAAAAAUUAACUGUAAAUACAAAAUCAGAAAUCGAUGGUGCUUUGCUAUGCGACGAGCUAAUAAAGUUAUAUUCAAAUACAUGGAUUGUUCUGCGCAUUCUUCUUACAAUACCUGUUACUGUUGCUAGUGGAGAACGUAGUUUUUCUAAACUGAAGUUAAUCAAAACAUAUUUAAGAAAUACCAUGUUGCAAGAUCGACUUAAUUCUCUAUCUAUGUUAUCAAUCGAGCAAGAUAUAGCUGAAAAUUUAGAUUUUUCUAGUAUUUUGCGAACCGAUAUAUCAGAUCAUUUUCCUAUAUUCCUAAAAUUAGAUAAUACAAACUCUGAAAAAACUUUAACCGCAGAAAGAUAUGCAUGUUGCAUAAAGUUCCAGCUUUUAAUUGCUAAAACAAAGAAAAAUAAAAAAACCACGCACAGAAAUGGAAAUGCCCAGCUGUAUAAUUUAGCAUUAGCUACUUCAAUUCAGCUAAGUUUACUUGAUUAUUAA